CCAAAAGAGGUUUCUCAACUGAAGUGCCGCUAUAAAGUAGGUUUCAAUCCAUAUGCUCCAACCAAGGAGGAAGUGCUUAGUAUAUCACCUUGGAUAUCUAUGUUUUAUGAUGUCAUAACUAAUGAAGAGAGUGAAUUUAUUAAACAUGAAGCAUUGCCUGGGUUAGCAAGGGCUCAUGUCGGAGACCCCUCUAAGGCGGAUGUAACUGAUCAACGUGUUGGUAAAGUGGCUUGGAUAUAUGACACACACCACCCACGUAUCCAUCAACUCAGCCACAGAGUUGCGGAAAUAACAGGUUUACACACAGAGUAUAAGACGAGUCUGUCACACUCAGAGCCAUUCCAGGUCGUGAAUUAUGGUAUGGGAGGCCAAUAUGAACCACACCAUGAUUAUUAUGCAGAUAUUUCAAUGUUGGCUCAUGUUCCUGACUUCAUAAAGAACACUGGAGACAGACUUUCUACAUUUUUAUUUUAUUUGAAUGACGUUGAAGCUGGGGGUGCAACCGUCUUCCCAUAUGCCAAGGUCCAUGUCCCUGCGGUCAAGGGAGCGGCGGCGUUUUGGUUCAACGUUAAACGUUCUGGUGAAAAUGACGUAAGAACUCUCCACGCAGGCUGCCCCGUUGUUCUCGGACAAAAAU